AUGAUCACAAUAGCCAACAUUUCGGUGGGCUCCAGUAUCUUCUUCACCUUAGCUCUCCUCAUAAUCUCCGUGCUUGUGCUCCUGCUCCUCCGACGGUUUUUGACACUGCGAGCCACGCCGGCAUAUUUAUCCAUUCCUGUCUUCCUUGCGCUCGCUCUUCCUGCCAGUGUAGUCCUCCUAGUUCCCAUUGACCUAGCGUCGAGCUCGCGUGAUGAGGGUGGUCCCAACGCGAUAUGGCUUCCUGGGCGUCUUCUUCUGGUGUCCUGGCGCAUCGCCUACUGGUUGAUCUUCGUCCUCACGUGGGCCAUUCUUCCGUUAUUGGGUGAAUAUAUCGACUCCGGACACCGCGAUACCAAAGCCCGCCUACAAUACUCCGUCCGUUCCAAUGCCCGGUAUCAGAUGAUCGUCCUUGGGUGUGCAACGGUGGGCCUUAUCUACAUUUCCAUCCAGAAUGGGUUCGAGUUCUCCAGUAUCAAAGCCCUCGCCAUGGCGCUGGCUUAUGUCUGGGGUCUUGUCCUUGCCAUUUACUUGAUGGGCCAUGGUCUGGUCUCUAUACCUCGUACUCUGUUCCGCAACGCCAGUGCCAGUGGCAGAUUACGGAGGCUUCAGUCCCACGCACCGUUGAUGCAUGACCGCCUAAUGGAUGCGAUAAAUGAUUUAGAAACCCUUGAGGCCCAGGUAUCGCAGCUACAGUCUCGAAAGACCGGGACUGCCCGCGACUUCCAGGACUGGAUAGAAGAACUAGCCGAAACUUCGACUCCUCCAGAACUUCGAUCAGGGCUCCUGGAACCCGCCACCAGUUCCGGCACGGUUCCAGCUGUGGUUACGGAGCGAUAUCUAGCGGACCUGACAAGGCGCCUUCAGCGAGCCAGGCAUCAGAAAGCUCGUUUUGUUGAUGCAUGGGAUCGUUUGAUCUACACGGCUGCCGACCUGCAAGCAGUCAUCAACUCAUCCGCGUCAAAAAAAUUGGAGUUUGGUCAUCACUCUCAACGCUCUAGCUUUUUCCCGCAAUGGAAAAUGCUCACGCCUUAUAUGCGAUAUCAAUUGUAUACGAACGUUUACCCAAAUCUACGACUGGUCUUUGGAGCGCUUUUUGCGGUUGCCUCGAUAUGUGUCGUUUGGUCCGAGUUAAUCAAAUCAAUAGCACCCCGGCUAUCUGUGGUGACUAUAUCCAUCGUCUCGUACCAUAAGAGCCCCGCUCCGGUCGGAUUCGGACGACAAGUCGUUGCCUCUAUGUGGCUACUAUAUAUGUGCUCCGCAGCGUUGGUUGGAGUCAAUGACGCAAAAGUAUGGGGUAACCGAGCGUUGGUCCGUCGAAAUACAUAUGGCGAAAGUGCAUGUUGGUAUGCGAGUUUGGUCGCUCGACUUACCGUUCCAAUCGCAUAUAAUUUCUUGACAUUUUUACCGAAAAACGUUCGAGAAAGCACAACGUUCUACCGCUUCCUUGGCCAGUGGAUUGAUUUAACGCCGCUCGGGAAAGGAUUUGACUACUUCUUUCCGGUUGCUAUCCUCAUUCCCAUUGGGGCCACUCUUUUCAACCUCUACGGCCGAGUCAAAAACAUUUGCGGCUUUGGCCUCAUUGAAGAGGAUGAUGAUGAUCUGGAGAACAAUCCCAGUGGAUAUGGGAUUGGCGGCUGGCGAGAAGGUCGUGAGCUGAUUGAAAGGGAGCUAAACGGUCUUGGCUCCCUUGGACUCUCCACACGCAAUGAGCGAUCUCCUCGACAGUCAACCCACGUGGAUGCGAACACGCAGGCGUACUCAUCCUCGCGCACGCCCUUGACCGAUGCGUCGCGGCCAUCGAGGUCUACCCGGGGCGCUGUCGCUAGCACUUCGACUGUUCCAGAAGAGGAUGAGGAAGAGAACUUCUUCCAGUCUUUCGCACAUCGUGUCAGGAACACUAUUGAGACUGCAAGUCGACCACAGUGGCUCCAAAAUGAUUCAUUCCAGUUGCCUCGAUGGAUGGGCAAUGACGGCAACAAUGGCAACAGCGGUCUUUCCCGAUGGUUUGGCGGCCGCCCUGUCAGUGGUGGAGUGAGGUUAUAG